AGCGAGUGAUCAGUACCUAUAUAUAUAAGGGAGAGACACUCUUACACCCUUUGCCAGUGCACAUUAAGCCCCUGGAAGGAGCGGCCGCUACAACCUGGCUCUUCCGUGGCGAACGAGACUGUUAUAGGUUGUGUCCUUUCUCAGGAUGAGAACACUUAAUGCAGUCCUCUUGUUGACUCUGAUACUUCAAGGGGGCGUCGGCUCCCCCCGGGGGUCGUCACCCUCGUCAUCCUCGCUGGCUCAGGUCAGCGGCAGCAGCAGCAGCAGCAGCGACCUGGGGGAGGAGGAAGGGAAGCCCCUGAGGAGGCUCUGUGGAUGGAGGCUGGCGAACAAACUCAACCAGGUCUGUAAGGGGAUUUACAACAAGCCCACCGUCACCAACAACGAUUUGUUCUACCGCUCGAUGAGAGGAGGUGGGCCGUUGUACUACGAAUUCAGACCCAAAACGCCGGAAGUAUCUGACGACUUCAGAUACCAUUUCCCAAAGACGGACGACUCCUACUACUACUACUACUACUCUGGCGGGAGGGAGACCGAUGAUGGCGGCUUGCCCCCCGGAGGAUAUGCCCUAGAGGGGCAGGAGCGCUCCCCGUUCCUGUCGAAACAAGAGGCUUCGCAAAUGUUCAAGGCGCAUCCCAGAUCGAAGCGCGGGCUAUCGGCAGAGUGCUGCCGCAAAGCCUGUAGGGUUUCCGAGCUUAUGGGCUACUGUCAAUAACUGAGGGAGAUUUGAAGCUCCUCCUCCGCCGAUACUUCUUCGCAGAUAGGGAGGGGUUCAAGACUGAAAUAAUAAUAAUUAAUGUAAAGCCGUAAUGCUCUAGGAGAAUUAGGUAAUAUUUUGUAGUUUGGUCACACUUUUAUUGAUUUGAAUUCUUAAAAAUGCACUGUAGCAACUACAACUCUACUUAUUGUUUUAGAAAAUACUUUAAAGGACUGGAACCUCAAGGUCUAGAAAUGCAACGAUCUGAUAACUAGUGAUGUAUGAAACUAAAAACAGCUUUAAUCUUGUUUAAUAUACGUAGAGUGCACCUAUUAUAUCUAUGAUGGUUUCAAUCCAGCAGUUUUCUACCUUUCAUAAUUAUGAUAUCGACAAAACCAAUUUGGAGGCUGUAGAAUAAUAUUAUGUCUUAUAUAUAUUUUGAUGAAGGAGAAUGAAGAAAGGCUUGUUGCUAGUGUUAUGUCAUUAUUUAUUUAAACAAAGUAUGUUAAUUUCCAGUUAUACCUUUAUUUUGUAUAUCAGGUUAUCAGUUUAUUGCUUUACUUCUUUUUUCUUUUUUUUCAUCUUUCAUUCUUUCAUUUUUCUCACUGUAAUUUGCAAUAACUUUUCUAUUCUUUCUGUCCCUUUUAGUUUUUUCACAUCCCAGUGAGUAAAUAACUCUCGCCUAAAGUCUGUUUUUUCAAGAGCUGACGUAAAAAAUCCACAGCCGAUAUCACUGCAGCUAAUCAUGAUUGGCUGAAGUCAUCCUUCUCAGCAUCGCCAUUGGUUACAGUGACGUCGGAUGGGGAAAUUUACCGACAUCUUCGAAAAAACAGUCUAUCUAGUUCGGUAAAACCAUGGAUUGUAGUAUUUAGAUUUUUUCUCAUCCUUUUUUUAUCUUCCUUUAUGUAUUAUCCCACCAAUAAAGAUUGUCUGUGCG